AUGAGCACCUUUCAAAGCCAAGGCUACCAUGUCUCCCCCUUCACCACCGCCGUGGUGUCCUCGAUGCGCCGCCUCUAUCCCGAGUCCCUGGCAGACAAAUCCUUCGACAACACCGGUCUGCUAGUCGAAGCUCCAUUCAUCCCCUCGCGGCCUCGAAACCGCAACUCGGUACUGUUGACCGUCGACCUUACCCGUGCGGUCGCAGACGAGGCCAUUGAGAACAACCACUCGGUCAUAGUAGCCUACCAUCCUAUCAUCUUCCGCGGCCUCAAGUCCAUAACCACGGACGACACCCAGCAAUUGUCCAUGACACUGUUACUCGCGCAUGGCAUCAGCGUAUACUGUCCGCACACUGCGGUGGAUAUUGUUCCCGACGGCAUGGCGGAUUGGCUCUGUGAUAUCGUGACAGGGAAGUUGGAGGAUCCAGAGCCAGAAGCAUAUCCCGCAAACUCUCUUCCUUCGGACACAGAAGUCACAACAUCUGAAAGCAGUUCAGAAGUCGAUUCCAGUCCUUCUACAAAGCCCACGUCUCCUUCCGCGGAUCACGAUCAGGACGCAAUGACUGACCCGUUUACCACUCCCAAAGCAAAGAUGAAGCUCUCUCGCCCCAGCCAUGCGCACAGAACCUACUCCAAACCAAGCUUGCCGCUCCCGACAUCUGAUUUCCACGCCGGCGUCAUCUCUCACACUCGGAGCGUCAUCAGCCCGUCUCCGCACGCAUCACUUGACACAGCGAAUCAGUAUACCUCCUCUGAUGCCUACAAUACUUCGAAUACCGGAGCUGGUCGGUUGAUUGAGUUUGCUUCCCCACAACCCCUACCGCUUCUGAUCGCCCGCAUUGCUCAUGCCAUCGGCCUCCCCAAAGGGUUUGCGGUAGCCAUUCCCCAAGGGAGAAACCUCGAGGACAUGGCAAUUUCCAGCGUUGCUACAUGUCCGGGUAGCGGAGGAAGCAUUGUCCGUGGCUGUAAGGCGGACCUGAUAUUCACGGGCGAGCUGAGUCAUCAUGAGGCCCUGUCGGUCAUCGAACGAGGUGGUUGUGUCAUUGCCCUGUUCCACUCGAACUCCGAGAGAGGGUAUCUUUGGAACGUGAUGAGAGAAAAAUUGGAGAUGGAAAUCAAAGAGGAGUGGGCCAAGGUGAGGGGCGAGGAGGGUGGAAAGAGUGGGUGGACUGAGCAAAUCAAAGGGAUGCUAAAUGAUGAGAGCGUGGAAGUGGUGGUCAGUGAGAGGGAUAGAGAUCCUUAUGGGGUUGUUGUCUUGGAUCAGACGGCAGUGGAAGGGGUGAAAAUCGAGGUGGGAGAGAGUUGA